AUGGACUGCGUAGGCGUCGAGGUCGCAAGCCCUCCCAAUAUCGAAGCAACCAAUACCGAGGGCAUAUAUACGCCAUCUUCCCUCCAGAAGGCGAACAUCGAGCCUUCCGCUAGCUCAGCAUCGACCAACCCCCAGGCUUAUGUGGGUGACAUAUCCUUUAUGUCCCCUGUGACAUCUCAGCAUGAGCCGUUGCAGUUGCCAGUGGCUCUGAGAUCUACCCGUGAUAGUUUCUCCGGUGCGUUGAUCAGAACUAUGGGGGCAACAUCACUUCCACCGCAAGGCAAAAUUGACGGUCUCGUCGAUAUAUAUUUCAAAAACCUCUAUCAUCGUGCUCCCAUCGUUGACCGAAAGGAUCUGUUAGCUGGCAAAUCGUCAGUUUUGCUCUUGCAGAGCCUCUGUUUAAUUGGUACUCUUCUCCGGCAUCCCGGUAUUGAGUCUACUCUUGAAGAAAGCGAGAGAUAUUACUGCAAAGUCAAGGCGCUGUUAUAUGUGAACCAUGAAAAGGACCACCACACCGUACUCAAGUGUCUUUGCUUCUUACUAUUCAGAAAUUAUACACCACCCACGGUGGUGAGUCUUGAUUGCUCGUGGCACUGGAUGGGAAUGGCAGUGCGCCUUGCUCAGCAGAUGGGCCUCCACCGUGAGCCGACCUAUGCAAAUCUCCAAAAUUCAGGGAAUGCGCGCCGGAUUAUGUGGUUCCUAUUUGUUGAAGAUAAACUUCAGACAGCUUGUUUUGGACGCCCAUCCACCGUCGGGUCGUUGGAAUUUGAUUUACGGCCCCUGAGACUGACCGAUUUUGAUUGCCAAAACAGCCAGGCCGAGCUAUUUGUCGAAUACGUGAAACUCAAUGUUAUUCUCGGCAAGAUACUCGACAGUCAUAGCCGGAAGAACGAUUUUGCAUACUCAGAGGCAACAUCUAUCCUGCAAUCAUUACAAAAUUGGCUCCACAGCCUUCCAGAUCAUCUUCAAUUAUAUAACGAAUUCGAUCGCUCCCCUUUUAGGCGAGAUGUUCAUGAGAUCCAUAUCAACUACUUUGUCUGUGUGAUCGUGUUCUGCCGCCUCCUUGGUAUCUCGAUCCCACGUUCCACAGCAACAGCCGCAUCCUUGGUGGCAUCAUCCUGCAUUGCUCGACUAUAUGAAGAAAUGCAUUUUCGCGACGAGAUAAACUAUCUAAUGCCAAUGAAUAACUGGUUCCUUAUGGCAGGGUGUGCGCCACAAAUUCACCAGAACGCGGUCAGCCGCGGAAAAGACCAGCUUUGUACCGAAGAAUUACGUAUAUUUACGAAGGUGCUGGAAUACAUGCGCAUAAAGUGGCCUGCAACUGGGACGCUCCUGGAUAUCCUAGCGCGACUAUGCGCCAUUGACUCCAACGAGGUUCUUCGUCACGGCCAGGAUGCAAAUGGAUCCCAGGACACAGAGUGUAUGAAUGGAUCAUGGACAAUACGUGUGCCGGGCUCCGAGGUUUUGAAGGGAUUGUUUCCAUUCCCAAGUACGCUUAGCCCUCGUUUGGUGUUGGUUGAAGAAGAAAGUGAGGAAUUCGACGACCAACUAGUGCCCGAAAAGUCCUGGGACCUGGGAGAUGAUGACUUGGACUGGAUUUUCAACCAGUAUCAGCUGGCAUUUUAA